AUGUCUAAAUUGGAAAAUUUUAGAAACUUUUAUGGAAUGGUAAAUUUUCUUCCCCUACUCGCAACUUGGUUAGUUUUUAUGGCAGAGAAAUUUCCAUUAUUUGUUGGAAUUGAUAUAGUAAUUGAUUUGAAUAAUUCUAAAAAAGAAUUAUCAACAAAUCUGGCUAUAAUUGGGCAUAACGUAUUUGAUGGUUUACCAUUUCCAAAUGGCACUUUUGAUUUUGUUCAUCAAAAAAGUAUGUCAAGUUCAGUAACAAUUGAUCAAUGGUAUUUUGUAAUUGAUGAACUGAUACGUAUAACUAAAUCUGGUUGUUGGAUUUAA